CCCCAGGCCCACGUGACGGCUGGGGCGGUGCUGGGGAAGAUGGCGGACGGCGAUCAGCUCCGGAAGAGAGCCCGGCUCGACGGCCCGGCACCAGGCCCCGCUGGCACCGGGGACCGCCGGCGGAGGGCGCCUGGCGCCGAGCAGCAGGACUCCGCCACCGACAGCCGGCACGAUCUGCCGCCGAGUGACAGCCCGGAGAAUGGGGCGGCGCCGGGGGAAGAAGUUUCAGCCUGCUUACCUGGAGAACAUGAGGUAAAUGCUGCUUCUGAGGAAAUUGUUCCGAAUGGUGUUCGUUCCUGGGAAAGUGAUGACGAUGACAAAACCUCACACGCCAGCUCAAGUGACUGGACUCCACGUACCCGGAUAGGUGCAGGUCCUUACAGUUUUGUCCAGCAGCAUCUUAUGCUAGGUACAGAUCCACGGUCUAUCCUGAAGGAUCUAUUGAGAGGGAGCAGUCCUCCACCUGAUCUCGAUGACAUGACACUGUGGCAGAUUGUUCUCAACAUUUUGUCUGAACCACCAAAACGGAAGAAGCGCAAAGAUAUUAACACCCUGGAGGAUGUGGUGAGGAUCUUGAAAGAGAGCAAAAAAAUCAUGGUCCUCACUGGAGCUGGGGUUUCUGUUUCAUGUGGAAUACCAGACUUCAGAUCGAGAGAUGGCAUCUACGCUAGAUUAGCAGUAGAUUUUCCAGAUCUUCCAGAUCCUCAUGCCAUGUUUGAUAUUGAAUAUUUUAGGAAAGACCCUCGGCCAUUUUUUAAGUUUGCAAAGGAGAUUUAUCCUGGCCAGUUCCAGCCAUCUCUUUGCCACAAAUUUAUAGCUUUGCUCGAUAAACAAGACAGGCUGCUGCGGAAUUACACCCAGAACAUCGACACCCUGGAACAGGUUGCUGGCAUUCGCAGGAUUGUUGAGUGUCAUGGUUCAUUUGCAAUGGCUUCUUGUUUGAUGUGCAAAUAUAAAGUUGAUUGUGAAACAAUCAGAAAAGAUGUUUUCAACCAGGUGGUGCCCCGGUGCCCAAAGUGUCCACUUGAUAUUCCUCUUGCGAUUAUGAAGCCAGAUAUAGUGUUCUUUGGAGAAAACCUACCAGAGCAAUUCCACAGAAGUAUGAAAUAUGACAAAGACGAAGUUGAUCUCUUGAUUGUGAUCGGAUCUUCCUUAAAAGUGCGGCCAGUGGCCCUCAUUCCAAGCUCUGUACCACACCAUGUGCCUCAAAUACUCAUUAAUAGAGAGCCCUUGAAUCACCUGAACUUUGAUGUAGAGCUGUUGGGUGACUGUGACGUUGUCAUUAAUGAGCUAUUUCAUCGUUUGGGUGGAGAGUUUGAAGAACUUUGCAGCAAUCCCAUAAAGCUGACAGAAAUCACUGAAAAGCCUCCACGAUUGCAAAAGGAGUCUAAAUGUCCACAGUUUGAUCUUCCACCCACUCCUCCCAUUUUAACCGAAGAUUCUAGUUCAUGUGAACAAGAAAUGGAGUCUCACAAAUUGAUCGGAAGAAAAGAUUCGGUUGCUAAAAGUUGUGAACCUGUUGCGGAAUCUAUGACAAGCUCUGUAAAUGAAAGUCCAAAGCAAUCUGAGAUCGAAAAGAAUCUUCAUGAGAAGCAGCUGGAGAGCAAGACUUCUGUGGAGGAAAGUUCUGGAAAUUGCACUGACGAACCUGUUGAGGAUAGUUGUCCAAACCUGGGGCAUCAUGUUCCAAGCGGUAUAAAGCAUGCAAAAGAAGCCUUUAAAAGAGGAUGGAGCAUUAAAUGUCCAAAAGAACAAAUCAGCAAAAGAUUGGGUGAUUCCCAGUAUCUGUUUCUGGCACCCAAUCGGUACAUCUUCCACGGUGCUGAAGUCUACUCUGAUUCUGAGGGAGAUGACUGCUCGUCUUCUGGCAACAGUGUUACUGACAAUGAGUCCUGCAGCAGCCAAAGUGUUGGUGAUGGGGAGGAGGAGAGUGAGAUUGAAGAAUUUCCUCAUGGAAUAGAGGAGGAAGGAAUUGGUGCUCAUUAUGGAGCUUUGGGGAUGUACUUUGAGGCUGAGACUGAGCAAGUCACAGAUGGCAAUAUGUUAAGUGAGUCUGUCGAAAACCCCAUACAAAAUGAAUGUGAAGAUGCUAAUCUGUUGGACUAAGAGAUAUAAUUGCAUGAUACUGUUUUGUUAAGCUAUAUACCAGCAUUAAGCCACUUUUAGGACCCUCCUUACAGUCAUUGAGCUAUCCUGGAUGUACAGUGGCUGUAUUGAUCAUGCAGAACUUCAGUCCGAAACUACUUGUUCAGUCUAUUACACACUGAAACACUAGGCCACCUUUACUAACUCCUUUUCACUGAACAUGGUACAUUUACCAAAUACAAAUUUUGCAUUUUCGGACAACUGUUUUAACACUUGAGUUCAUUUGCAUUGCCUUUAUGUGAGCGUUUAUUUUUACAAUCAGGGCGGACUGUCUUCCCUCCCAAAACGUUUCACUUUAUUUUAGUUUUCUUUAGUUUUGAUUUAAAUGCUUUGAGUUGUACAGCUAUUUAAUAGAGUUCUUCAGAAGCUAAAAUGAAUCUUCUGUGUAUAUUUUUGUGGAUGCUUGUUCAAAAGCAUUUACUUACUGAAAAGGAUAAAAAGGGAGCAAAGAGAAUAAUAAGACCAAAGAACAGUGGGCAAUCUCGAUGACUACAGCUGCAACAUAAGUUUAAGAAAUUGUGCUGCAGAAUUUUUUUUUGGGCGAUGGGUUGUUUGUUGAAGCAUAUUGCAGUUUUUAUUUCCAGUUUGUAUCUUCUCUCAUGAAGGUCAUAAUGUUUUCUGAGAUGAGCUGGCAGCUAAUUUAGAUACCAAGGUUACUUGUUUUUAUUGAGCUUAAACUGUAUAUUAGAAACUGGUAAGUACCUUUAAGGUGUACUUGAGUGGAUUCAAGAAAAUAUGUAGCACUUGUAGUUACAUGCUGCCUUAUAGAGAUUAGUAGAGUUUGCUCCUGUGCCCGGUUCUGCUCAGGCCUGGUUUCAGGUUUGGUAUAUAGCAGGUUCAUGUUGUUCCUUGCAUUUUCUUCCUGUGGAAAUGAGAUGUAAAGUGUGUAAUUUAAAAUAAAAACUGAAAUAUUUGGACACCAUUGCAGAAUUGAAGAUGGAACACAAUAGUGAGCUCUAAUUCCUGCUGAUGUGUCUACAUUCUACUUACCCCUGUUGUGUUGGAAAGCUAAAUUAUUUUCUUCAAAUCUUUUGACUGUUAAUUACAUGGAAUAAGCUUAGCAUUUAAUAAAACCUUAAAUUGCCUGCCAGAUACAAAUUAUGCAAUUAUUAACAUACAAUUUGAUCCAGUGGCCCUUUAUAAAUGUGAUGGUCCAGCAAUAAUGAGACUUUGAUUCUGCAGUCUGCAGAACAAAUAGUGCAACUGAAGUCUUGAGGAAAUCUUUGCUUGGAUGUUAAAGUGGGUACAGUAUAUUUUGCUUAGAAUUUAUAAGCUGAGGAUGUCUUAAAUUUGUAAAUGUCUUGUUAAGCAUAUGUUCUUGUUCAGUAAAACAACUAAAGGGUUGAUUUCUUUUGUAUACUACAAGAAUUAAACAUGAGCAAUUGUUGACAUUUAAACAUGUGAACACAAAUUUCUCACAUCCAUACCUGGAACACUGCUCUUUCACCACAUCUGCAAUUAUUUUUCUCAAUUCUUCUUAAUAUUCUAUAAAAUCACACUUUUAUUCUGUACCUUGCUUUCUACAUGUAGUGUUCACUAUUCUUCAUGUGUAGAACUCCUUUUAGUUUUCAUUGGAUGGAGGGGCAGGAGUCAGGCAAUGGAACGUGAUUGAGAAGAAGCCUGGUUAAAAUCCUUGAGCAAUGGCAAGAAAACGUUUGGUGAAAUUUGAGUAAAUUGUUUUCAAUGAUGCUGACCUUGGCUUUAACAGAGAUGCGUGAGACGAACUUUGCUAACCUCAGUUAUUGCAAAGUAAUUCCAGCACACUGGCAGUUUUAAUCCUGUGGUUACAUUCUUUUUGUUCUGCAACUAAGAAACAAUAUAGGCCCAUACUGCCCAUAUUCAGUCUGGUUUACCCUGGGAUUCAUUCAGGUAAUGUUCUUUAAACUUUCUUAGGUUGAUUCCAUGGUCGGUCAGCACAACGAGUAUCUUACCAAUAUCAUUGAAGAAAUUUUAUGAUAUGAUCUAAUUUAUGAUCAUCAAAAUGUGAGGUACUGAAUGUGAGCCACAUCUGUUAUUUUGCAGGACGGUGUUCAAAUGAUUUUCUCUUGUCCUUUUGUACAUACUGAAUAAUUAAUGUAUUCAAACUACUUUUAUAAGAAGCAGUUAUUAAAAAGUAACUUGUUUUCAGAUACAAAAACAAUUUCAUACUUAAAAGUUUUGGGUCUUAAAUUUUUUUAUGCAUUUAACAUCCUCCAAUUUGAAUUUCCAGGCUUUUACAAGAGAAAUGCUUUUUGAAAUUGACAAAUGGACUGUUGGAAUACUGUGACUAAUGGAAUUGUUCUGCCAGUUUAAACUGAGUAUAAAAAUUUAAAAGCUUGUUCCUCUUCCAUAUACCACAGUCUCUGUUCUCUGUGCUUCUCUUUUAAAGAUGUAUUUGGAUGGAUAAUAUAUUGCAAUAAAUCUCCUUAAACUA